AUGCGCAGCCUUUCCCUGCUGCUUCUUGCUGUCGGCUCGGUCGCGCAAAGCGACGAGGCCGCCGCCGCCUCCACGGCGACAGCACUGCAGCGAGCCUGCGCCGACGCCGGCGUCGCAAACGCCAGCGCCCUGCUGGCGCACGCGCGCAAGCUGCACAACGGCGACGACGGGCGGUCCACAAAGCAGCCCGCCGAGGCCGCGCCGCUGUACGCCGCUAUCGCCGCCGCCAACUCGACCAGCCUCGUCAGCCUGGACGACGCGUGCGCGGCCGCCACGGCGCUCGGCCACAUGUACCUCCAGGGCGACGGCGUGCAGCGGGACGGAGAGCGGGCGUACGACCUGUUCCAGCGCGCGGCGGCGUUCGGGGCGCCCGAGGCGCAGUACGCGCUCGGCGUCCUCCACGCCGCCGGCUUCAACGCGCCCAAGGACACGCCCCUCGCGAUGACGUUCUUCCACUUUGCGGCCGAAGGAAGCUCUGCCGAAGGAGGUUCUGUCGGCGCGCAGCUGGCGCUCGGGUACCGGCACCUCCUCGGCGUGGACGCGCCGAAGGACUGCGGCAAGGCGCUCCUCUACUACUCCCCCGUCGCCGAGCGAGUCGUCUCCUCUGCACAGCGGCUGCGCGGCGGCAAGCUCCUCGAAAAGGUCCGCCUCUCGCUCGACACGCCUCUGGGCGGCGGCGGCAAGAGAGGCGCAGACGACGACGUGAUCCAGUACUACGAGCACUCCGCGAGGAAGGGCUCUGUCGACGCGCAGCUGACGCUCGCGCACCUCAACUUGCAUGGCGCGCGUGGGCUCGUGCCGGACCACCGAGCUGCGGCGGCGUACUCGCACCUCGGACACAUGUACGCGCAGGGGAUGGGGGUGGAGCAGGACAACGCCACCGCGCUCGAGUUCUUCCGCAAGGGCGCCGCCAAGGGGCACGCGCCGAGCCAGAACGGGCUCGGCUACAUGUACAUGCAGGGGUACGGGGUCGCGCAGUCGCACUCCAAGGCGCUGCAGCUCUUCCAAAAGGCUCAGUUCAACCUCGGAGCGAUGCACAUCGCCGGCCUCGGCGCGCACGACAAGGCGCUGCACCACUUCACCCUCUCGGCCCACCAAGGGCACACCCUCGCCCUCUACAACCUCGGCCAGAUGCACCUGAAUGGGCUCGGCACCGCCGCCUCGUGCCCGGCGCCGCUGCAGCUGUACGCGUCUCUCGCCGAGGGGGGGUACGAGGUAGCGCAGUCGAACGUCGCCUUCUUGCUCGACGAGCACUACAUGGCCUCCCCCGACUCGCAAGCGUCCUUCGACUUGGCGUACAUGUACACGCACGGGCUCGGGCUGCCCAGCGACGUGCACCUGGCGGAGCGGCACUACGACCAGGCGAUGGACGCGUCGGCGGACGCGUACUUGCCCGUGCAGCUGGCGCUCCUCGAGCUGCGGCUGGUCGCUUGGUGGCAGGCUCACACGGGGCGCUCCGACUCCCCCGUCCUCGCGGCGCGGCGGCUGCUGGCGACCGCGUGGGCGAGGGGCUGGGGCAUCGCCGCGGGGGAGGCGGCGGAGGAGGGGGAGGGCGCGACGGGCGCGGGUGCCGCGGAUCUCGCCGCUCUGUGGCGCGCAGCGGCGCCGGAGUGGGACACGCUGCUGCUUGCGGUGCUCACCGCGGCGCUCGCGUCGGUGCUGUCGCUGCGGGUGCGGCAGCAGGCGCGGCAAGCGGCGGCGCGGUAG